GUCAUUGAAUACCCGUGAAGAGGCUGUAGUCCUCUGUAUAAAGAGUAACAGAUCCUCUCCGAGUUUCUAUGCCGUGCUUUGGGUAGCCCCUUUACUCAUUCUCAACCAUUACCCAAAAUGCUUGUUUUGUUCCUAUUCCUUCUCGUGCUGCCUUUUGCGCACAGUCAGUCCUAUCACUGUCAGUCCUUCCACAGUCGUGUCCAAAAGGAAGGGUACCUGUUCUUCGAUUGCCUGGACUCUCUGGAGGUUCGCCAGCGAUGGCAGGUUGCUCAAUGUCUCCUUCAGAUCAAUACACUUGAGAAAACCAUGCAAUGCACUGACUGGAAACAUGAGGAGAGGUUAACAUUUGACAUCUCAAACAACCUCUAUGCUAGAGAUGUUGACAUCGUACCCUCACUCGAUAACUACGAUACUACAUCUAAUAUAUUGAAAUACCCAACUUGGGACAGAGACAACGAUCAAAAGCUCAAAUUCACCCCACGUGGACUCAUCGUUGCAGCGGACGAGGCGUGCGUAGCGUAUCAUUUCUGUCGAAGGCCAUUCUUCGGUCAGGUUUUGGCAUGUCCGCACGAAGACAUGAACCUGUUCAUACCCUGCCUGAUCUGCUACAGUGUAGACAGCAAAGACAUUGAGAAUUUUGAAAGAUUUAUUCGAGCGCAUAAGUUUGGACAAGCCGAAUACAGUAUCAGCAAUUCUGUUAUGCAAUGGAGAAAAUAUGGGGCGAACUGCCACCAGAACUUGACCUCGAUGAUGAUGGUGAAGAUGACGGUAUCAACAUCAAACCGCGGUUCAUCGGAGACUCCACAGCAUCCUACGUCUUUGACUACACGAUAUCCACUAGGUAUCCAAUUAGUAACGGCCCUACUGCUAAUAUUACCAAGCCGGCGACGGAUCCAACUCAGACACUAGAUGAUGAUGGUGAAGAAGACCAAUCUGACUCGGUAUCAAUGGAUGUCGUUGCUGGCACUACAACAGUCAGACGCAAAGAGGCUGCACCGACAACUGCUGCACCGACGACUACGAGCCCACCGGAAAACGGCACUGGUAGAUACGCGGUCCUCGACUUCAGUGUAUUGGGGGUGCUAUCUGUAGUCGUCACUCUGGUCCUUGUUUAGAUCUAAAACGCUAGCUCGCAAC